AUGGAUUCCUGAAAACAUCCGUAAGAAAGAGUGCACAUACUUUGUGGAAAGCUCCCAGACCUCAGACUCUGGGAGGGUGGUGUGCGAGUGUGGCUACCUCAGGGAACAGCACCUGGAAGAUGCUGCCAAACCUCCCCUCUUCCUGGGGAAGGAGUGGGACCCCAGCAGACACAUCCAGGAAAUGCCAACAGAUGCCUUUGGUGACAUCCACUUCACGGGCCUGGGACAGAAGACAGGAAAGUAUGUGCGUGUCUCCUCUGAUACUCCUCCACGGGUCAUCUAUCACCUCAUGACACAGCACUGGGGUCUUGAUGCACCCAACCUGCUCAUCUCGGUCACUGGUGGAGCCAAAAACUUUGUCAUGAAGCCAAGGCUAAAGAACAUCUUCCGGCAAGGGCUAGUCAAAGUGGCCCAGACCACUGGGGCCUGGAUCAUCACGGGGGGGUCCCACACUGGUGUGAUGAAACAGGUGGGAGAGGCAGUACGAGACUCUGUCCUGAGCUGCAGCUACAAGGAAGGCGACAUUGUCACCAUUGGCAUUGCCACCUGGGGGACUGUGUACAACCGGGAGAGCCUCAUCUGCCCCAUGGGAGGCUUUCCAGCUGAGUAUGUACUGGAUGAGGAGAACCAAGGCAGCCUCUCGUGCUUGGACAGCAACCACUCUCAUUUCAUCCUUGUGGACAAUGGGACCCAUGGGAAGUAUGGAGUAGAAAUCCCCCUGAGGACCCGGCUGGAGAAGUUCAUUUCCAAACAGACCAAGGUGAAAGGAGGUGUUGCCAUCAAGAUCCCCAUCGUUUGUGUGGUGCUGGAAGGCGGCCCUGGGACACUCGAUACUAUCUACAAUGCCAUCACCAAUGGGACCCCCUGUGUGAUUGUGGAAGGGUCCGGGCGUGUGGCUGAUGUCAUUGCACAGGUGGCUGGCCUGCCUGUGUCUGAGAUAACCAUCAGCUUGAUCCACCAGAAGCUGAAUGUGCUUUUCCAUGAAAGCUAUGAGCAAUUCACCGAGGGCCAGGUGGUGGAGUGGACCAAGAAGAUCCAAGACAUAGUGCGGAGCCGGCAACUCCUGACCAUUUUCAGAGAGGGCAAAUAUGGUCAGCAGGAUGUGGACGUGGCCAUCCUCCAGGCACUGUUCAAAGCAUCCCGAAACCAGGACCACUUUGGUCGCGAGAACUGGGACCACCAGCUGAAGUUAGCCGUGGCCUGGAACAGGGUGGACAUUGCUCGGAGUGAGAUCUUCACAGACGACUACGAGUGGAAGCCCACAGAUCUCCACUCCGUGAUGGCAGCUGCCCUAAUCUCCAACAAGCCGGAGUUUGUGAAGCUAUUUGUGGAACAGGGAGUGCGUCUCAAGGAGUUUGUCACUUGGGACACCCUGAUUUACCUCUAUGACAACAUGGCCCCAUCCUGCCUGUUCCACAGCAAGCUGCAGAAGGUCCUCCUGGAGGAGAAGGAGCACACAGCCAGCUCCAAAAUGCCACGAAUCCAACUGCAUCAUGUCUCCCAGGUGCUGCGGGAGCUUCUGGGCCGCUCCACACAACCUCUCUACCCCAAGCCCAAGCACACGGAGCGGCCCCGGCUCUCCAUCCCUGUCCCACAUAUCAAGUUAAAUGUUCAGGGGUCAAGCCUCCGGUCCCUCUAUAAACGCACCUCUGGCCGAGUCACCUUCACCAUUGACCCAGUCCGUGACCUGCUCAUCUGGGCCGUGGUCCAGAGCCGCAAAGAACUGGCAGAAAUCAUCUGGGCCCAGAGCCAGGACUGCAUGGUGGCUGCUCUGGCCUGCAGCAAGAUCCUGAAGGAGCUGGCCAAGGAGGAGGAAGACACGGACACCACUGAUGAAAUGCUGGCCCUGGCUGAGCAAUACGAGCACAAGGCAAUUGGUGUGUUCACAGAGUGCUAUCGCAAGGACGAAGAGAGAGCCCAGAAGCUCCUUGUCCGUGUCUCUGAGGCCUGGGGGAAGACAACUUGUCUGCAGCUAGCACUAGAGGCCAAGAACAUGAAUUUUGUGUCCCAUGGGGGUGUGCAGGCCUUCCUAACCAAAGUCUGGUGGGGGAAGAUGUGUGUGGACAACGGGCUUUGGCGGGUGAUUGUGUGCAUGAUCUUCUUCCCAUUCCUCUACACCAGCUUCAUCACAUUCAGGGAGAAGAAGUUGCAGCCCAUGGGCUGCCUGACACGUUUCCGAGCCUUCUUCACGGCACCUGUCGUCAUCUUCCACAUGAACAUCCUCUCUUACUUCACCUUCCUCUUGCUCUUCGCCUACGUCCUGAUGGUCGACUUCCAGCCGUCACCAUCCUGGUGGGAGUAUCUCAUCUACUUCUGGCUCUUCUCCCUGGUGUGCGAGGAGACCCGACAGCUCUUGCAUGAUCCAGAUGGGCUCGGAGUCCUGAAGAUGGCUUCCCUGUAUUUCAAGGACUUCUGGAACAAGUUGGAUGUCGGUGCCAUAGUGGUGUUCAUCAUAGGGCUGACCUGCAGGCUGAUUCCAUCAACGCUGUACCCCGGGCGCAUCAUACUGUCGCUGGCAUUUAUCAUUUUCUGCCUGCGCCUGAUGCACAUUUUCACCGUCAGCAAGACACUGGGGCCCAAGAUCAUCAUUGUAAAGCGCAUGAUGAAGGAUGUCUUCUUCUUCCUCUUCCUGCUGGCAGUGUGGGUGGUGUCCUUCGGGGUUGCCAAGCAGGCCAUCCUGAUUCACAACGAGGAACGCGUGGAGUGGCUUUUCCGUGGUGUGGUCUAUCACUCCUACCUGACCAUCUUUGGGCAGAUCCCCUCCUACAUCGAUGGGGUGAACUUCAACAUUGAUCAGUGCAGCCCCAAUGGGACUGACCCCUACAAGCCCAAGUGCCCAGAGACCAACGAAGACAACAAGGAGCCCAUCUUUCCUGAGUGGCUGACGGUCAUCUUGCUGUGCCUGUACCUGCUCUUCACCAACAUCCUCCUCCUGAACCUCCUCAUUGCCAUGUUCAACUACACGUUUCAGCAGGUCCAGCAGCACACGGACCAGAUCUGGAAGUUCCAGCGGCACGACCUCAUUGAGGAGUACCACGGUCGCCCACCUGCACCUCCGCCCUUCAUCCUCCUCAGCCACCUGCAGCUCCUGGUGCGGCGGGGGCUGCUCCGCAGGCCAGCCACGCGUCACAGGCAGCUCAAAGAGAAGCUGGAGAAGAAUGAAGAAGCCGCCCUCCUCUCGUGGGAGAUGUACCUGAAGGAGAACUACCUGCAGCACCAACAGUGUCAGGAGAAGCAGAACACAGAGCAGAAGAUCCGAGACAUUGCACAGAGAGUUGAUGUGCUGGCAGAUUUGCUGAACAUGGAUCGGGUGAAGAGGACGAGUCUGGUGGAGCAGAGAUUGGGUGCCCUGGAAGAUCAGGUCCAUCAGAGUGCCAAAGCCCUGAGGUGGAUCAUUCAGGCAUUGCAGGGCAGUGGCUUCAGCUCAGAGGAAGAUAUGCCACCCUUGGUCUCCAGCAGGACAUCAGAGGAGAAGGAGUUCGACCCGGAGGAGAAGCCUGGAGAGAAGCAGCCCACACACCACGUGCUGGCCCGAAAUCUCCUCUACCCAGGGUCCCACACCAUGCGCUUCCCCGUGCCAGAUGAGAAGGUGCCCUGGGAGGUGGAUUUCCAGCUCUACGACCCUCCUGCCUAUUCAGCCGACCACAGGGACACAGCUGUGCAAGACCCCUUCAGCCCCUCCUUGGAGUCUCUCCUGAAAAUCAACUACAACACCAUGGACGGGCUGAUCGACAGGCAGAGCUUUCACGGCCUCUAUGCUGUGCAGGAUGGACUGCCACUGAAUCCCAUGGGCAGGACGGGGCUGCGUGGUCGUGGGAGGCUGCACUGCUUUGGGCCCAACCAUGCCCUGCACCCAGUUGUGACCCGCUGGAGGAGGAACUUGGAUGGAUCCAUUAUCAGGAAGAGCCUGAAGAAGAUGCUGGAGGUCCUCGUGGCCCAGUAUCCCCUGUCAGACGUCUGGGCACUGCCCGGGGGCUCACUGGAGCCGGGUGAGACGCUGCCUCUAAAGCUCAAGUGGAUCCUGCGUCGGGAGUUCUGGCCUCAGUUCCAAAACCUGCUGAAACAAGGCACUGAGAUACACAAGGGGUACCUCGAUGACCCCCGCAACACAGAUAACGCCUGGGUUGAGACUGUUGCCAUCAGCGUGCACUUUGACAAUCAGAACGAUGUGGAGAUGAAGCGGCUGAAUUCGUUCCUCCAGGGCUGCGACCCGGAGCUGUGCAUCCGCUGGCAGGUGCUGGACAGGAGGAUCCCACUGCAUGCCAACCACAAGCAACUCCUGCAGAAAGUCUCCACCCUGCUUGGUGCCUACUACUGA